UCCGCGGGUGGAGGACGCGUUCCUUUAACAAACUGUCGUUUUUCCCGCCUUUCAUACGUUCAAUCAAUUCUGUUUUAUCUACGGAACUGACAUUUAUGUCACAAAGGAAUUUUAUUUGUUAUUCGUGCUGUGUGAUAAAAAUGUAACAGGAUGCAGUGUGUUAGUGUGCGUGUAGAAUGAUAAUGUUCGAAUUUUAAAUGAAUAUGAAAUUUAGGAACAGUGUUACUUAAAUCUAUUUAAAAUUAUAUGUUAUUCGUAGAAAAUAUAUUGCAAAUGACUCAAGUGCUAAGUUAUGCAGCCAUAGACAAUAAGUAGAUGUGUUCAAUAUGGCGUCACAGAGUAAUUCGAGCUUUUCUGAACUGUUUGCUGAUGAAGAAACUUAAGACAGCUGUGAGGAAGUGGCGGAUGAUGCGCCUCUUCCGGAAGAGGGAUGAUUCUUCACUAACGCGGCAAACAUCAAUCGACCCAGUGCCAUCAACUUCGGGUACCCCUGCGCACAUCUCGCGUCCGCCUGUGGAUCUACUGCAGUUGGAACCAGACGAAGGUCAAAAACUAAGAGAACAGCACUUACGACAAUAUGCCUUCUUUCAACUAAGGAUACAUUUAAAAAGAGGUCAAAAUUUAAUCGCAAUGGACAAGAAUGGAUUGUUGUCAGGCACCAGUGAUCCAUACGUGAAGUUUAAGGCUGCGGGCAGACUACUGCAUAAAUCAAGAAUAGUGUAUCGGGACCUUAAUCCUGUGUGGGAUGAAUGUUUCACGGUGCCAAUCGAAGAUCCUUUCCAGCCAGUGCAAUUGAAGGUUUUCGAUUAUGAUUGGGGCUUGCAAGAUGACUUCAUGGGCUCUUGCCACCUGGACCUCACAGCGCUGGAGCUGGGACGUUCUCAGGACCUGGUGCUGUGUUUGCGUGAUCCAAGCAAACCUGUCCAGGAUUUGGGGGAAAUUGUCCUCAACGUGACGCUUUACCCAAAAUCGCAAGAGGACAAAGAAGCAUAUUUGUUAAAAAACACGAGGCUAAGCGACGUGAACAAGAGACUUAAGGCGCAGAUAUGGAGUUCCGUGGUGACAAUAGUUCUAGUUGAAGCGAAAAACCUGCCAGCAAUGGACCUGGACACCAGGUCAAGCGACCCUUAUUGUAAAUUUAGAUUAGGUAAUGAAAAAUAUAAAAGUAAGGUAGUAUGGAAGACUCUCCACCCAUCGUGGUUGGAACAAUUCGAUCUCCACCUAUAUGAUGACCAGGAACAAAUCUUAGAAGUAACAGUAUGGGAUAAAGAUAAACAGACUAAGGACGAUUUUUUAGGAAGAUGUACAAUAGAUCUCUCGAGAUUAGAAAGGGAGAAAACACACAAUAUAUGGCAGGAACUCGAAGACGGUAACGGACAGAUAUUUCUCCUACUAACAAUAAGUGGUACCACACAAUCGGAAACAAUCACGGAUCUCGCUAGCUAUAAAGAAAACCCUAGGGAUGUUGAAAUUAUUGAAAGGAGAUAUGCGUGGCACCGAUUAAACGAGACAACGAGUGGUGUCGGUUGGCUGUGCGUCAAAGUGUACGGUGCUAAGGGCUUAGCGGCCGCGGAUUUAGGGGGGAAAUCAGACCCUUUCUGCGUAUUAGAACUUGGUAAUGCAAGGUUACAAACACAUACAGAGUAUAAGACACUUACACCGAACUGGAUGAAGAUAUUUACAUUCACAGUCAAAGAUAUAAGUUCAAUAUUAGAAUUAACGGUUUACGACGAAGACCACGAUCAUAAAGUUGAAUUCCUCGGUAAACUGGCAAUACCUCUGUUGAACAUAAGGAACGGGGAAAAACGGUGGUUCGCGCUGAAGGAUAAGAAAAUGAGGGCGAGAGCGAAGGGGAAUUACCCACAGAUUUUGUUAGAGAUGAACGUCAUUUGGAACCCACUCAAAGGAGCAAUCCGAGUUGUAAAUCCAAAGGAGCCCAAGUACAUGCACCAGGAGGCUAAGUUUAAGAGACAGUUGUUUAUUCGAAACGUAAUGAGACUGAAGGCUAUCAUUAUGUGGUUUAUCGAAAUUGGAAAAAUAUUACAAGAUUGUUUCGAAUGGGAAUCCAGGAUUCGAUCGUUCAUAGGUCUGUUAGCGUGGCUAGCGUUUUGUUACAACUAUCAAAUGUGGAUGUUACCAUUUUUAUUAUUAAUAUUUUUUGCGAGAAACUGGCUUAUUUAUAGACUUACGGUUCCAUUAAAACGUUACCGAUGUAAUCCUUGGGCGUGUCUGAAAGAAUUAUUUUGUAGUGGUAAUCCUUUGCUCUUACCUGUGGAUGAUGAUGAUCUACUAGCUGAGGAAGAUGACGAGGAGGAAGUAGACAAGGAGGAAAAGAAAUCUCUUAAAGAAAGAUUGCAAGCUAUACAAGAAGUAACACAAACAGUACAAAACGCGAUCGGUUAUGUCGCUUCUUUAGGAGAAGCUGUUAAAAAUCUUAUGAACUUUACAGUGCCAUAUCUUAGUUAUAUAGCUAUAAUUAUGCUAAUGGGAGCCAUGUUCGUUUUAUAUUUGAUACCGUUGAGGUAUCUUCUUAUGGCGUGGGGUAUUAACAAAUUUACAAGAAAAAUCCUACGUCCUCACACGAUACCUAAUAAUGAAGUAAUUGACUUAUUGUCGAGGGUACCAGAUGAUGAAACAUUGUUGGAUAUCAGAGAACUCAAGCCCCAGCCGCCGGGUGACAACAGACGAGACGCCCGAAAGAAGCACAAAGCAGCGUAACAAAAAUUGUAAAAAAAAUUUUUAUUUUUUAUUGUAAAAAAUAAAUAAACAGUCACGUUUUUAAAGUGGCAACAUUGUUGUUGUAAAAAUGAUAAUAUUUUUAUUGAGUUGGAUGUAAGUGCAUCACAAAUCACAACGUAAAUGAAAGUAAAAUUGUGUUAAAUUGAAUGUUGCCAUAUACUAAAAAUAAUACCAUUUUAGUAACUUUUAUAUUAUUACUUUUUAAAAAUCAAUAUUAAUUUAAAAUAGAUCUGAAAUGUUUCGUAUGUUGCAAAUCUUGACGAUAUAAUGUAAUUAAUUGUACCUGUUUUAGCGUCCAUUAGAAAUUUGUUUAUUAAAAUCAAAAUGCACUAUAUUAUACUGUAAGUAUGGAUUUCGAAAUAAGUUUAUAUUGCUUAUGCAAGGUGCUGACUGUUAUAAAGUAAGCCGUUGGAAGUUAGUUACAUAU